UUUUGUCUCUGCCUCGUUUGAGGCGUCCUCGAUGUGCGCCACGCGGCUUAUCGAUGCUUGUCGGCUUUGAUUAUAAAGUGAUCUGAACAGUUCGCGACGAAUAACGACGAUUUACUGCUCGGCUCCAGCUGUGCGGCGAGAUUAUUGCAGCACCCAGCACCCAGCAGUGUGCAGCGGCGGCAUUGCUGGCGCAUUGGUGCAUUGGCAGCACUACAUGAAUGCGACGCCGAGGCUACGAGGUGUUUCGCAACGCCGCGUGUGCGAAGGCGUGCGCACGCGUGCGUACGGCAGCGCUGGCAGAGGCGGCGGCGCGGCCCUGGACCGCGCGACUGCGCGAGGCGCUGAGCUCCGAGAUCCGCGCCCCUUGGCGCCGAGCACACGUCGCUUUGGACUUGACCGACGACGUCAAAACUGUGCUCGCCGCUGCGACAGUUCGCGCGGCGCCGUCGUUGUUUACGGCAGGCUUAGAUGAUGAGUCACACCUCGUCGAGCUGUCUUGCAUGAUCGCGUUUCCCGGCGCGACUGAGCAAGCUGCGCACGCCGACGUGCCUCGGGAUACGGAGACGCCUACGUGUACGCUCUGGGUCCUAUUGCAGGACGUCGCGCUCGCAUCGGGCCCGACGCACGUGUUCCCGGACGACUGCGACGCGCGGGCGCGGACCCUCGAGACGCACGCGGCGAGACCGACGCACUACGCGCCCGACGGCGAGCCUGAGGCGGACAUCGCGCCGAUUGAGGCGCCCGCCACCGCCGUGGCCCUGACCGGCGCAAGCGGCGACGCCCUAGCGAUGGACUGCCGGCUUGUGCACUACGGCGGUGCCAAUACCUCUACCGCGCCGCGCGUGCAGCUCUCCGCGACGUUUCGGCGCGGCGAAACGAAGGGAGACGCCUUCACCUACCAGCUCCGCGACUCGCUGCCACCACUGACGCUCGGUAAGAUACAAGGAUAUUAAGCAGGGAAU